CAAAAACUUUCCCCGCCAUCCAUCAUAUUAAAUCAAAAAUCAAAAUUCCCACAAACCCUUCCACACUUCCACUUCUCACUGCCCUCCGCUCUCGUCUGUUCAGCCAUGGAAGACGACGAUCAGAAGGUCCUAGAUCUAAUCAAAGAACUGGUCCACCGCUUACUCUACACCUCCCAGCACCCAAUCCCCUCCCCGUCCGCCUCCUCAAACCCUAAUUCCUCCUCCUCCUCCCCCACUACCCAUCAAUAUCAGCAAGCUCUCCGGUAUGCCCUUCGCAUUCUCUCGAGUCGGAUGACCCCAUCAAUUGCCCCCGACGAUGCCGCAAUGGCCGAGUCCAUUAAACGCCGCCUCGCCACCCAAGGUAAAUCCUCCGAAGCCCUUACUUUUACGGAUCUUUACUCCAAGUUUUCAUCCAAAACGGGCCCCGGAAGCGUGAAAAAUAAAUGGGGUGUGCUUUAUUUGCUAAAAACUAUCUCUGAUGAUCGGAAAUUGCUGAAAAAUCAGUCCAUUUCUAGGGUUUCUAAUGGAUUCUUCGACCCCGCCUCGGUCGGCGGAUUGCCGGCAUUGUUUGAUAGUGAGUUGAGCGACAGAGUUAGUGUUGUUAAUGAACAUUACAAGAAUUUGAGUGAUUUGGAUGACAAGCAUUUUUCGCAUAAUUUGGGGGGUUCUAGUGAUAAUUUGAAAAAAUUGAGGGGUUUGAAUAGUUUUGGGAAGGUGGAGAAGAAAUGGGGUGAUUGUGGUUUCAAUGAGAAUUUUGAGAAAUUGAGGGUUUCAGGGGAGGGUUCGAGGGGUUUCAAGGGUAGGGAGAAUGUGGGCAAGGGUUGGAGUGGAGGGGUUUUAAUGGUUUCGAAGGACCCGGAAAAUAUUCGUCAUUUGGCGUAUAAGGAGUUUGCAGCAUUGUUAAGGGAAGAGAAUGAGGUUUCAGAGGAGGCCUUGGUGAGGGAUGUGUUGUAUGCUUGCCAAGGGAUUGAUGGGAACUAUGUGAAGUUUGAUGAGAAAGCUGAUGGUUAUAUGUUGCCUGAGUUAGUGAAGGUCUCAAGAGCAACUCAUGUUAUGGUUCGGAAGCUUUGUGAGCUUGGAUGGUUGUUUAGGAAAGUGAAGGGUUAUAUUUCAGAAAGUAUGGAGAGGUUUCCAGCUGAGGAUGUAGGGACUGUUGGGCAAGCAUUUUGUGCCGCCUUGCAGGAUGAGCUGUCAGAAUACUAUAAGUUGCUUGCAGUUCUUGAAGGUCAGGCAAUGAACCCGAUUCCACUGGUUUCGGAGAGUGUAACUUCGGGGAAUUAUCUUUCAUUAAGGAGAUUGUCAGUUUGGUUUGCUGAGCCAAUGGUAAAGAUGAGAUUAAUGGCAGUUUUGGUUGAUAGUUGUAAGACUUUGAAAGGUGGGGCUAUGGCGGGGGCAAUUCACAUGCAAGCCCAACAUGGUGAUCCACUUGUGAAACAGUUCAUGAAAAGAUUACUCCGACGGGUGUGUUCCCCUCUUUUUGAAAUGGUUAGGAGUUGGGUUCUAGAAGGAGAGCUUGAAGAUAUUUUUGCUGAAUUCUUUGUUUUAAGUCAACCAGUUAAAGCCGAGUCGCUCUGGAGGGAAGGUUACAGUCUGCAUUCUGCAAUGCUUCCUUCUUUUAUUUCAUCUUCUCUGGCUCAGCGGAUUUUAAGGACGGGGAAGUCAAUUAAUUUCCUUAGAGUUUGUUGUGAGGAUCGUGGUUGGGCUGAUGCAGCAGCAGAAGCUGCUAAUGCUGCUGGGACUACCACAGGGAGAGGUAAUCUUGGUUAUGGUGAAACUGAUGCACUUGAAUCUCUAGUUGCGGAAGCUGCCAAGAGGAUUGAUAAGCAUUUGUUGGAUGUUAUGUACAAUAGAUACAAAUUCAAGGAACAUUGCCUCGCAAUUAAACGCUAUUUGCUCCUUGGGCAGGGUGAUUUUGUACAGUAUCUUAUGGAUAUUGUCGGUCCGGAACUGUCUGAACCUGCUAAUACAAUCAGUUCAUUCAAGCUUGCAGGACUACUGGAAAGUGCAAUCAGGUCAUCUAAUGCACAGUAUGAUGAUCCUGAUGUACUGGACAGGUUGAGGGUUAAGAUGAUGCCACAUAACACUGGGGACAGAGGCUGGGAUGUAUUUUCACUGGAAUAUGAUGCCAGAGUUCCACUAAAUACAGUUUUUACUGAAUCCGUUAUGGCUAGAUAUCUGAGGAUAUUCAACUUUUUAUGGAAGCUGAGGAGAGUAGAGCAUGCUCUUAUUGGUGCUUGGAAAACCAUGAAACCAAACUGUGUUACUUCUCGUUUCCUUGAUAAGCUCCCAAAUGCUGUUAAGUUGCAGUUGGUUCUGACAUCAAGGAGAUGCCAAGUUCUUUGGGAUGAGAUGAAUCAUUUUGUCGCAAAUUUGCAAUAUUACAUCAUGUUUGAGGUCUUGGAAAUUUCAUGGUCCAAUUUCUUGAAAGAGAUGGAGAUAGCGAAAGAUCUUGAUGAUCUACUUCUGGCACAUGAGAAGUAUCUUUGUUCAAUUGUGGAGAAGUCUCUCCUUGGAGAGAGGUCACAAACUCUGAAUACAACUCUUUUUGUUUUGUUUGAUCUAAUAUUGCGGUUCCGCAGUCAUGCAGAUCGAUUAUAUGAAGGUAUUCAUGAGUUGCAAUCGAGAAGCACAGAAACUUCCCUGUCUUCACGUGAUAAAACAAAAUCUCGGGCCAACAAAAAUGACAAAUUAUCUGAACCUGGGUUGUGGCUUGGUGAAGGCAGGAAGGCUCUAACACAGCGUGCUGGAGAGUUCCUUCGAAAUAUUGGGAAGGAUUUAGAUGCAAUUGCAAACGAAUAUACCUCUGUGUUUGACGGGUUCAUUUCUCAAUUGCCGGUGCAGCAACACAUAGACUUGAAGUUCCUCAUGUUCCGACUGGAUUUCACUGAAUUUUAUAGUCAUCUGCAGUCCAAAACUGGCGCAAAGCUACUACCUUAGCACCCCUGUUAAACAACAUUUUACUUUCUAAAGUGUGUAAGAUGUAUGCUUUCUUUAGUAGUUGCACAUCAUGUGUGCUUGUAGAUAGUCUCUUGGCUGUUGUAGAACAGGCCCUACAUUCUGUACAUAAUUAUUUGCUUUCAGGUAAUAGUUUACUCUCUCUCUUUCUCUCUCUCUCUCUUUCUCGUUUGCUUACUCUGUUGCUUGUUCGUGGUUUUCUUUCUUUCAGAAGGCAUUCUUAAGUUCUUGAGCAGGUGUGUAGCUGCUCUUGGCUGUUGUACUUGAGCUGAAGGUAUUCUGCUCUGACUGUCACCAAUGUAGAACAUAGUGUUCCACGUUUGAUUGUUAUGUUUCAUUUUAGUUUUUCUUCUUUUCAUACGGUCAAUUUUUGAGCUUGUAAGUCUCUGUAACAUAGUUUUCGUUUGGUAUGGUAAUUAGUAAAGGCGCUGGUAGGUUUAUUGCCUUCAUGUUUCCAUGACUUGUUGGUGAUAUAAUGGUUCCUGUAUCGCUUAAUGAAUUUAUUGGUAGCAGUGUGUGGAACUGUAUUUGAUUAUAUCUUUGUUUUUUUCUGAUGUUGUCAACAGAGAAUUUCUUGUGGCCCUUUAAAAUCUUGUUGUCUUGUAUAAAGUACCCGGCAUGGAUUGUGCUUUCCAAUAGGGAAUGCUAAACCAUGCUUUAUAAUGAAUUCUGCUAUAUGUUGAUUAGUGGACCAUUUAUUUCUUUUGCUGUUUUAAUGCAAAUUUGCACGCAAUGUGCAUCAUAACUAAAUAGAUAUAUUGUGCAUUGAGGAGAUUGGUUUGUUGUGACUUGUGAGAACUUGGUCUUUCUUCCUUUGCUUCUAUUACUUUUAUUACCUAUUUCUAGUUGACAUUCCCCUGUUGCAAGCUGACAUUCAACUGAAUCAGAAUUAAUGGGUCUAUACUCCCAUUCUAGACGUCCUUAGAUUUAAAACAUCUUCUAUGUAGAUCGCUUUGGUGUUUUUUUUUUUGUUUGGUUGGGUUCAUCUCAGAUUUCAACCACCUAUGGUUGGUCCAUUGAAAUAUGUAUUACCUUCGGACAGUUUGAAGCUUUUGACAAAUUUUGGCUACUUUUUAUGUAUCGGUUGAUAAAUGAGUGAAUCUGAAUAAUAUGCCAGUGUAUGUCUUAAUGUAUUAUUAUAUGACAAAAAAAAUCAAUGCUUGUGGCUACAGUUGGAUGUAGGUUUUUGAACCUUUUAUUCUAAUUCUCUUCUUUUUUGAUCUCAAGGUUCUGGAAGAUCAUUUCUCUUUUUGGUUGUCAGGGUUAGGAACAGUGUGUUGCACCAUAUCUUAGCCUCUUUUAUUGCUGUUGUUGACAGUUCUUUUUCCAUGUAUUGUUUGGGAGUUUGAGUCUGAUUAAUGGAGAACAGCAGAGUUUUGCACCCUUUUAACGUGCAAGUCUGUACAUACCUUUGUCUGACUCGGCAGCAUUGUGGAGUUCCAAAAUGUUAGGAUUUGUACUUUGCAUUGUUAGAUUUUUGGAAUUUGUUAAUAUCGAAGUGUUUAAUGGUUCCUUAUGAGGGGCUUUCUAGUUAUGUUGUAGUGAUGAAUGAGAUUAAAAAGCGUUGGGUUCAGAGUAGCUUCUGAUGGAAUAUCAACGGAACUAACAAUUGCCUAUUCAAUGUAUCGAAGUUCCAUAGAAAGGAAAUUGCAGUUGAGGAUGAAUUAUGUGUGUGUGUGAGCUUUUAGUUUCAGGUGCUGGAUUAUUUACUUACGGAAUAUCUUAAUUUGUGUUGAAAUAUUUUAAUCAUGUCAAAGAUUGUCUAAAUUGGUGCUCGCAAGUGGUAAGCAUUAGCAAGGAACUAAAUCUUCCUUUUCGAUAAUGUAUCAAACUUGUUAUGGGGAAAUCUGUUGUGUUGUUUGAAAUUGAAAUUUGAGUUGUUCUAGGGCGUCAAGUUAAUCCCCCAUCAAAGGGCUGCCCAAUGACUUCUGUAUCAGCAACUGUUCUGCUACUCGAUUUACUUUUUGCCAAUGCUACUGCUUAACACGCAGCCCCUUCAAGCCUGCAUGGAAAACAAACCAGAUGCAAUUCCAGUUAUACCAAAAAAAAAGAGGUCUAUACCAAAACAUGAGCAAUUGGAAAGAAAAUUUAAGCAGGGCUUGUGUUAAGAACUAGACAAAAAACUAGUGAAAGUUUGUUACCAAGUUAUCAACAAUUUCAUAAACUCUUAAGCACAGAAUUUAAAUACUUUGUUUUCUUGAUCUCUACGAAAUUCAUGUAUAAUUCCUAUCAAAACAAAGGAAGCAAAUAUACAAAUAAUACCUGUGCAUCUACAAGUCAUUGAGGAAACAGAUUUCCCGCAUGGCUAAGCAGAAUUUGCAGCAAGCGUGCGAUCUCUCCCACAGAAUUGAGUUUGUUACUCGCCCAACGUAUACUUCUUUCCUGUGAAUGGUAUGAACUUAUUUUCUUCAGCACUAGUUGCAUUCUUUUUGUUAUCUAGUUCUUCAGAGAUCCUCCUUGAUUUACUUGGCUGAUUACCGACUUCUUCAGGACCAAACACUAGCUUUCCAGCACGCUUUCUGGAUAAGGGUUGUGCUUCAGAUGCCAUUCUAUUGCUAGAUUCUUUAACUGGCAGUUGGGAAGAGGGAGGAGUAGAAGAAGCUGCACGAGGCACAAUACUUGCAGGUUGCUCAUCUAAUCUUCUGGCAGCACCCACAAACGGCUUGAACUUAGGCUGUUGAUCAUCAUCUUGAGCUGAUGUUUGUUUUCCUUGAACCUUUCGGGGAUCAGCGUCCAUGGCAGCACGCACAACUGAUGAUGGAGGUUGCUUUUCUGGCUCUUUGUAGUCUAAAGGAGGUGCAAAAUCAACCUCACAAUCUGUCUCAAAAAGUGAAAUAGCAUUCGAAGGGUUUGUUUCCAAUAUGUCAAUGUAAUACCGGUUAUACUGAUGAGUGAUCAUGAUGGUAUCUCCAGCAGUCACACAUGCAAAAUCUUUCAGUGCUGUUUCAAGGAUUUCUUUAGGAUCAGGUAGUUUGAUAAAGUUCAUCCUAUGUGGUUGAAUCUUCAUAAAACUUCCUCUGGGAAGAGUUACAUACUUCAACACCACGAUUGAACCCGGAUGAAUUUGCCAGUUU